AGCAACAGCCUGCAAUGCUUCAACGCGCCCACAUCUCCCUCCAGCAGCACAUACCGGCCUGUCCAGCGCCACAAUGAAGCGCGCACGCUCCGAAGAGGGCAUCUCCACGCCAUGCAUCGCCGCCCCCAAGCGCCGUCGCGUCUCCCUGCCAAAUGCAGCUGCACGCGCAGACGCGAAGGCGGGAAUUCUCGGCUGGGCGCUCGCCGUCUCGGAAGCUGGCGCCCCGCAGUCCAUGGUCGAGCAGACCAUGGCCGACGGUCGUGCGCGCAUGCCACGAGUCCCCAGCCCGCGCCGGCGCGAGUCCAAGGCCAGCUAUCGCCAGCGCUCCGUCAGCCCGACCAAGAAGCCCACCGAAUACCGCAGCAUCUACCUCAGCGAGGCCGGCGUCUUCAUCGACCACUGCCAUGACGUGCCCGCCGCCGCCGCCGCUGCCCUGGACGAGGCCGUGUUGGAUGCUGGGCUGCAGGCAGACAUACACCGGAUUGCCGACGAGUACUGCGGGAACUGUCGGCAGUCGGCCAAGGACGGCGCCGGCGAGAGCGAGUGGAGGGCCGACCUGAUGGGCGCUGUGAUGCGGAAGCUGGCGCGUCUUCCCCCGUGGAAAGACGUGCUCAAGUCCAGCGCGGCGGAGAAGCCAUGGCGCGCCGAACUCAAGCCCGUGCGCUCGACAGCAGCCCCUCUUGCUCGCCCCAUGCCGCCGCCCAUCCUCCUCUCGCACCGCUCCUUCUCCACACUCUCCACCGUCUCCGACCUACUUGGCCUCGACACCCGUGAUCUUGAAACAGCCUCCGACACGCUCUCUACAACAACAACCUCUACCUACCUUACUGCCGCCGAGUCCGAUUCCGACCCUGAAGCCCUCUCAACCCCCAAACCAGACCUCAGCAUCGGCCUUGCCCACGCCUGGUUCUCAACACCCCACCAGCGCAUCCUCGCCCGCCCCGCCCUGCACAGCGACCCCCAUCAGGCCAAAAUCGGCCUGCACUUCCCCUUCCUCAUCUUCGAGGCCAAGAGCGCGGGGAGCCUGUUUGGCGCCCAGAACCAGGCUGCUGUGGGCGCGGCGUGCAUGUUGCGCAUACUGGAGGGCGUGGGGUGCGACGGGGUUGUGUGGAGUGUCGCGACGGAGGGGGCUGUGCAUGAACUUUGGGUUCAUCAUAGAGUUGAGGGGAAAUAUCACAGUACAUUUGUGGACGUGUGGCGCAUGACAGAUGCAAGGGGUGCGAGGGCAUUUAUGGGCGCGCUGGGGAGGAUCCUGAAGUGGGGAGCGGGGACAUUUGCGGGGAGGGUGCUGGCAGGAUUGGAUGGGUUGGGUGGAGCAGAGGAAGCUUGGUGAGGAUCUUGCAGAGUGAUGAGAUAUCUGGAUAGGAGUUGGUCUACGCGUUUGUUCAUUUCAUGAUGUCCUUGCUUCAAUACGAGUGCAAAGAAAAUCAACAUGUUGUUUCACCAUCGUGAGAUCUUGGUUAGGGAACCGACCACUGAUGUUGCUUAUCGGGACUCACUCUCUGCUUGAUGAGCGUGUUUCAGCAUAUUGCACACGACUCUCAUCGCUCUCGACUCAAUUAUCCCAGAACUUCUGUGCUGACAAUGUGAGUUGUGGGGUCCCAGGAAAUCUUUUCGUUGGUAUCGUAUCUAGGCUCGCGAAGUGAUCGGGUGGCCAUCUUCGUCGCUUCUGUAAACACAUUGUUGGGAGAUUUUCUUCUGAGCUUCAAGUCGCUUCGUGCACACAUUGGACAUGUAAUUGAGAGGGAAUGUUC